UAUAGAGCUAAAUGCAUUAAAUUAACUGCCCAUCGUUUUGGAAACAAAACAUUUAACCGUUCAACUGGUUAACUACCUAGCUGUUAUGCUAAGUUAGCCAGCCAGCUACCUUUAUUUAACCAGAAUCGGUGGAUAAUUUUUAAGAAAGGUCUGUGUAGGCGAAUAGACUACAGCCAAUCAUUUCAGAGGUAGGAGUCCAGUAAGGAACGAGAUCUGGUCUCACAUUUCCUUCUCUCCGGACCUGGGACAUACAUGUCUUUGUUAUGAAGCUGGGAGUGAGGCUAUGUGUGCUGGUGAUCUCUCUCCAGCUUUGGGCUCUAGGACAGAGGCAGGAGCUUGAGCUAGAGCAGGUCCUUGUGUUCUGUGAUGACAAAGACGUGGAGGCAGCUGUGGACUUGGCCCUUGUCAAGUACAAUGAGAAGCUUCCUUAUGGAAAUCAACUAGCACUCUACCAGAUUCUGGAGGCCUCAACGGCUCAGAGUGACUCAGGCACUCAGUACUUUGUGGAAUUCAAUGGCAGGGUCACUGACUGUCCAGCAGGGGGAAACAAAGUCUGGAGAGACUGUGACUACCUCUCAACUGGGAACCAGGUGCCAAGCCCUUGUAAUGCAACAGUCCACAUGACAGAGACAGAUAAAGAGGUCCUGGCAGUUUUCUGUGACCCAGUUGUGGAGGCCCCUGUUGUUGCUGAACGGUCCACAUGUCUGGGGUGUCCUAGGGAGAUUGAUGUGGACAGUGAGGACCUAAAGGCUCCUGUGACAUACUCCAUCACCAGGUUCAAUGCGGAUUCUGACUCCAGCCAUCACUUCGUCCUGAACAGUGUUGGUUUUGCUACGAGACAGGUGGUUGCUGGAUUCAGGUAUAGACUGAUGUUCGAUAUGAGGAAAAGCAAUUGCUCCAAAGCGGACCACAAAGAGCUGAACGAUGAAUGUCAUCCAGAUGCUGAAGAUGUGGAACUUGCUCACUGCAAUUCUACAGUAGAUGUGGCACCUUGGAGACAUGAGACUGCAGAAGCAAAUGUGGAAUGUGCACCAGGUCCCCUUCAGAAUUUUGAAGUCUUUAGAAGAAGGCCUCCUGGAUGGUCUCCCUUGAGGAACUUCAACAAUUUUGCCGAAGCAACUCCAGCCUCAACUGCUUCAGCGAAAGAGGAGUCUUUAGAAGAGUCUCAGGAGCUCAGCCUGACUGCUGUCACCACAGCUAGCAGAGACCCAGAGCCAGCCAUGCCCCCCAUCACUACUGCAGAGAGCCCUUUCCACUGCCCCUCCAAGCCCUGGACGCAGUUAGUCCCUCUAACAAUCCCCAGCCCUGCACAGGAGAAAAGCACAACACCCCCGACAGUGGUAGAGGGGUGCUUUAGUGAUUUAGACUUGCUGGGGAAAAAAUAAGUGAAUGCUGUAUAAUGCAUUUGUAUCAUAAGCACACCUGCUGAUUUGAAAUAAAAAAAAUAAUCAUUUUAUUCUCUUUUUGACAAUGCAGUUCAAUCUUACUUUUGCAUUUCCUCAAAUUUGUCAAAGUACAUAUUAACUGUUUGGCAAUUUGAUACUAAAAAUAAAUAACUAAAUGUAUGAAA